AUGGCCUCGCUGAGGACUUCGACGCUGCUCCCGCAGUGCACAUCGUGUAUACGGAGGGUCACGCGGCAAAAUUUCGAUGUCUGGGCGUCGCAGCAGACUCGCAACAUCUCCAAGAAGGCGAAAGAGGCGGAGCGCAACAUUGUCGUGAAGCUACUAAAGGAUGUGCCAAGAUUCGGUCGCGCAGGCUCAUAUGUCCCCCUCAACCCUUCUCUCAUGCGUAACCGAUGGUUCCCCGCACGCGUCGCCGACUAUGUACCCGCGACCCAGAUGAAGCAGCUCAAGGCGCAGGAGGUGGACAUGGCCCGCGACUUCUCAUAUGGCGUAAGGCUGAAUCUGGAGGAGGCGGAGGAAGAGGAGGACAACUUCAUGAAGCAACCGAAGCACUACGUGCGGCCGAUUGAAAUCGACGUGCUCAGCCCUGAGAGAUCUAUAGAGCUUCUCAACACGUUCGUACCACCCACGAUCGACUUCUACCGCCAGAGAAUCGAGCAAGAUAGUCCGUCGAGAGAGCGCAUGGGUGCGUCCGGUGCAGCAGACAUCUUGACUGCAGCCGCGAUGGGCAAGAAGGCAUCUGCGGACGCCAUCUACGGCUCUGUCUCGAGUGCUGAUCUUGUGUCGACUAUAAGGGGAGCGCUGGCGCACAACGAUGAGGCGGCUCGUGUAAUACUAAACGAGGCAGACGUAAAGUUUCUCUCAGGGCACGAGGAGGGCGACACAUCGCGCGUGAAGCAGCUGGGCACAUUCAAGGUGGAGAUACGGUUAGCCGGCGCAGAGGAACCUCUGGUAAGAAAUAUCCGGAUCAGAGCGAAGGAAUCGGAAUCAUGA